GUCAUAUCAAGCUGACUGACUUUGGUUUGUGUAAAGAGAGUAUCUCCCUAGGGGACAUCACCCACACUUUCUGUGGGACCAUAGAAUACAUGGCUCCAGAAAUUGUACAGAGGUCAGGUCACGGGAAGGCAGUCGAUUGGUGGAGUCUUGGAGCUCUCAUGUAUGAUAUGCUGACAGGACAGCCUCCCUUCUCUGGAGAGAAUAGAAAGAAAACCAUUGAUAAGAUUUUGCGAGCAAAACUCAGCCUACCUCCAUAUCUGACAAAUGAGGCUAGAGGUCUUUUGAAGAAGCUGCUAAAAAAGAACCCUUCGGAUCGUUUGGGCAGUGGUCCGGAUGAUGCCGCUCCCAUUAAGAGCCAUCCUUUCUUCCGACACAUCAACUGGCGAGAUUUGCUGAACAAGAAAAUUGAACCUCCCAUCAAAAUCGGCGUGUUCACCAAACAAACUCCGUGCGACUCUCCCGUUGACAUGUCUGUGUUCAGCCCCAGCAUGAAUAUUUUUGAUGGAUUCACUUAUGUGGCGCCAUCUGUCCUGACUGAGAUGGCCACACAACCUUGGAUCUCCGAACGAGGCCCAAGGUCCCCGCGCAAAAGUUAUAAGGGAGAAAGUCUUCUAUUGAACAACGGACUAGAGGGAUUCUACCGAGUGAAUGCAGCAGUUGCCAACGACAUCGCAGCCCAGAGGGGCGGAGUCAGCUCUCAGGGUCACCACCCAACCACCGUCAUGGCAUCAUCACGAGCUGUCAAUGGCUACCAUGUGGCAGACACGGAGGAGAUGGACACCACCUCUGGGGCCACCGGAGGAGCCACGUCUGCCUAUCCCGACACAACAUCACAGUGCACUAUGGAUGAAAAGAGAAGUGUACUCUGGGUAAUAAGAGAAAUGGCCUAUAGAAAAUAA